AUGUCGCCUCCUCCGAUGUUCCCCUUCGACGAAGGUGCGUACGUACAUAGUAUCCGGCAGUUGAUGACGGCAACCAUGGCUGGGAGUAGUAGUCAUGACCAAAAUCAAUUGUUUGGUGCAGUGGAUGAUGCAGUAGUGCAGCAGCAGCGACGUGGGAGGACGCCCAUGUUCCUGUGGAUCCUACCACUGCCCGCAGAACACUAG